CCCUUUUCCCGCCGAUUUGCCCUGCCCUACCACUGCCCCAUAUUGGCUGCCAUUAAACAUCCUCACAUUGUAUCUGCGCCAGCAUCCUUCCCGACUGCCCCGCAGUGCAUGUUCCCCGCAGCAGUCCCUCCAUCGCUGGCGCUCAUGCCGCCCUGGGAUGCCGGGUCGGGUUCAGACUUGCAGGGGCUAUGGAACAGCAGCAGCAGCAGCAGCAGCAACAGCAGAAUGGACAAUUCCACCACCCACAAGGCUCCCAUGGCCCUCAUGAUUCUGCCUUGAGUGUGGGCUCAUCCAAGGGCGACGAUGCGGAGAGGAUCCGCGAGCUGGAGGAGGAGGUCAGGGCGUUGGCAGAGCGAGCGAGUGCUGCCUCGCAACGAUAUGCGGAUUACGAAAACGACAUUCGCGUCCUGGAGGCGAAGCUUCGUGUGGAGCAGCGGAAGAACGCCACCCCAUCAGACCCAACGGCCACCACAGUUGCGCAGCCAAGUGCACAGCGACCCGGCAUUUCUCGCUUCAAUAGCUUUAUGAGCACACGAAAAGCCUCACCUAGCCCGAUAAACGGAACGCCGCCCGCUGUGGGCGGUGGGCGGGAAAAGGAAUUGGAGGAGCAAUUGAUCAAAGAGCAGACCGCACGCAUUGCGGCGGAGAAGAAGGCGAACGAGGUCAGCGCGGAGAUUGAGGAUCUGAGCGCGACACUGUUCGAGCAAGCGAAUGAAAUGGUAGCGACGGAGCGCAAACAGAACUCGGCGCUGAAGACGCAGCUGCAGCUUCUGGAGGAGCAGCAGCGCUCGCUGGACGGGGGGUUGGGUGCCGCGGACACCACCGCGCUGCAAAGGGAGAACGAGAGGCUCAAGGAGAAGCUGAAACGCUUGGAGGAGCGGGAGGGACAGCGGCAGAAACGGCUGCAGAGACUGGAAGAGGCCAAUCGGCGGAUCGAGCGGGUACGCACCAUGUUGAAGCCGCCGUGAGUCGGUAUGAGUGCGAUGUACCAAACA